AUCCUCCACUCACCUCCCCAUCCUGAAGCUGCUCUGGGCAGUGGACACCCUGAAGGGACCCCGUCUGGACAGCCUUCGCCUGCUCGAGCAGCUCCGCAGCCAGGACUGGGGAGAGGAGGGUGGGAAGUGUGGUCUCACCUUCAACCACCUGAAGAUGGUGCUGCUGUGGAGCAUGGAGCUCUUCCCCUCCCCAGAGGACUGGCAGGACCUGGAGGGCUCAGUCUACAGGCUCUUGGUGAUCCUCCUCCGCUGCCUGGCCACUGGGCACCUGCCCCACUUCCUGCACCCGGAGGAGAACCUCUUCCAAGGAGAGGCCCUGGACCCCACCUCCCUCUACCGUAAGGUGGAGAGCUUCGCCCGGGAUCCCCGACACUUCCUCCGCUUCCAUUUUGGCCUCCCUGCACGCACUGACAACCGGCAGGCAGAUCCUGGCACCCAAGCCCUCUUGCAGCUCCCCGCCAAGGACGGGUCCUACUGGGACACAGCCUACUUUGACAUCCUGCUCAGCCAGUUCCAGGUGUACCGGAUCCAGGAUGGCGCGCGCCACUCGGCAAUGUCCCAGCUCCUCUCCAAGAUCCGUCAAGAAACCCCCCAGCAGAGCUGA